AUGAAUGGAAAAUAAUUGACUGCUUCUUUAGCUACAGUAUUUAUACUCAUUAUUAUUUAAUAGUUAUAUAUGUUCACAAAUUAACUUAGAGCUGUUGUUUAUUGGAAUAGUUUACAUUAAUAUCAAUAAUUUGGAAUAGAAAUGACAUCAUAUGAUCCUUAUUUUAUAAUGCCUUUAAUUUUUGGAUUUGUUAAUUAUGGUUUAAUAAAAACUAGUCAACUUAAGACAUUUUAAACUAUAUAAAAAGAUUUAAAUCAAUUUAAAUUAAUUAAUCUAUGUUUUAUGUCUUCUUUGGCUGUUGUUGGAUUACCUAUAGUAAAACUAAUUAUAAAUUUAGGAUAUUCUUAUGAUAUUUUCAAUUAUGGGAUGUUGUUAAACACUUAUAUAGUAUAAAGAAUAAAAAAAAAUAUAAAAAAUCUUAAGGAACUCACAAAUUUUGAUUUGA